AUGGCUCCCAAACCCCCCCGCCCCCGUCAACCCACCGCAACCGCCACCACCCCAUCGUCAAAAUCCGCUCCCCCAAAGCAGCCUAAAAAGAAGUUUGUCCCCAAAACGCAUACAACCACCGGCGUCGCCAUCAGCAAGAAGAGCAGCAAUAAAAAACCCAAGGAACCCAAAAAGCAGCGCGAAGCGCUCCUCGCUAGACUAGAGAAGGAAUUGCCGAAGCUGAAUAUGAUUACCCCGGCUGGCGUGGUCAAGCCGAAGGGGAGGAAGAAGGGGAAGGUCUUCGUCGAGGAUCGAGAGAAGUUGAUGGGUAUUCUGAACAGGGUUAGUGAUGGGGUUGAGGGGCGGGAGAGAUCAAAGUUGGAGAGGGCGGUUAGUUGUCCUCUUUCCUGUUGCGUUGGGGGGAAGGGAUGCUGAUUUAGCGCGCGCGCGCGGGGGUUCACAGAGGCAGUUGGAGGCUAUUCGCGAGGAGAAGAGGAAGGAGGAGGAGAAGCGGGAGGCAGAGAGGAGUAGUCGGAUGGUAAGUUCUCUUCUACUCUCAGUCAGAUGGAGGAAUUGGGCUGAUGGGAUGAUAGGAGGGUGCGAAGGAUGCUGUGAGGAAGAAGCGCAAGCGCAAGUCUGCCGGGGCUGCCCCCGAAGCACCGAGAAGUUCGUCGGAGAUGGCGUCUAAAGGGAGGAAGAUGGUCGCUUUCGCCUGA